AUGGCAAAGAAACAAAGACAAGUGCAACACAACGAGCCCCACGACAUUGAGCAUCUGGGUGCAGCCCCAAAGGUGCGGGCCUCGCGCGAGAUGGUGUUUGACUCUCUGGAGGAGUUUGAAAACUACAUCAUGGACGAAAGUUAUGAUAACGAGUUUGAUAACAUGGAUGUUCACCUACAGUAUCUGCCUCCGUUCAUCAUGUCGGAGAUCCAUUCCAACGAGGAGAACAUCAAGCCGCAGAUGAAUUCGCUGAACAAGAAGUUCCGUCGGCAGCUACAGCAUCACGUGCAGAAGCAUCUAAUGCCGGAGAUCAACAAGAUGAGCGGUAUCCACUACAAGUUCACGAAAGCGGGGGAGAGCCAGGAGUAUAACCAGUACGGAACAUCGUCGGUUUAUAAAUGGCACUAUAUGGAUGAGUCGAACCACGGGUUCGAGGAGUCUGAAAUAAGGUCCUCGCACACAAACGUCAUGAGACCAAAGUACUGGUUGUUUUCUGGCCGGCAUCCUUCAAUGAACAGACCGCCGAUCACUUUGGCCAAGUUGGAAGCAGGCAUCUUGUUUUGCUGGUUGUACUCGUCCACCAUCUUAAGAUGCUUGACGAACCGUGCCAGUAGCGUUCUGUUGCACGACGGCAGUUUCGCCAUGAUCUCCUUGUACUGGUCGAAUCUGUCGGUGGACUGGGCAAGCUGUUUGAUUUUCUCAAACUCCGGGAUCACAGAGUUGGUGAUCAACGGUUCAGGAAGCUCUCUGAAAAACAGCUUGAUCACUCCCGUGAGGUUGUGCACGUCGAAAACGAGCUGGUGCUCCAUGUUGAGGUCUCCGUUCAGAUCCACCACCUCUCUGAUCUCGUUCAGAACAGAAACAGACGCAGACUUACGGUACAACCCAGUCUCCUCGAGUCCCCUGUACUCUAUUUCGCUCAUCAUCUUCUCAAUGAUGCCUGGGAUUUCGCGGCUCUCACGCUCGCAGAUGAACUCCAGCGGAACGCCAAACACAAAGUUGUGGUGCGUGUACUUGUUGGCGGACUUGGACCAGAACCAGUGCUUCUUGGCGAAGUUCAGCUGGUACAGCCAGUCGUUCUUCUCUGGGUCGCUGAUGGCCUGGAAACUCAGCUCCUGGGACGGGCUGCUCAGCUUAAACGAUGACGGGGUUUGGUACACUGGGAAGAUUGUGUACUCCUUCAAAUUCACUGCCACCACUGGUCUCUGCUUCGAGUCGAUAAAGUCGUCAGCAACGCCCAGCUCGUCCACUCCCGAGAUCCGCUCGCCGUGGCCCAUGUUGACGCUGAACGGUCUGCUCUUGAGCAAUCCGCCCAGCUUGAACUUGCUGCUGCUACUGCUGCUGCUGGAAGGCCGGAUCGGAACGCUGCGCGAGACACGAACACUGUCACGACGGUGGUCUCUGUGUGUCUCGCGAGGAGCAGUCCAGCUCUGGGUCUGUUUCACCAACAGUCGUCUUCUGGAAGCCUCGAUGGCCAGCAACUGUUUCUGCUGCUCCAGCUGGCGGGAGAAGAUCGGCUCUGUGCUUGGACACAGCUCGGCGAGCGUUGGCAGCAUGCAACUGCACUCAAACAGGAACCCGAAAGGAGUCUCCAGCGGGGAAGACUCGGAAUCAGGCACGUUGUCAAGCGUGUUGGAAAUACAGUUACAUCUCACUCCAGCAGGAAACUUGUUGACGAGGUACUGUCCGUUCGAGUCCUUCACACUGGCAAGCCAGCAAUACACGUUGGAAACAACCAUCUUGUCCUCAGCAACAUCCACUGGCUGGGAGUCGUAUUGCGACAAACUGAGCGGCGACUCGCUCGCAUGGGUCUCCAGGAUCUCAAACGUGUCUAUCCAGUCGUGCAGCGUUGUCAGACUGUACAAGGAAGCCAGAGUAGUAUCGAGAUCUUCAACAAACUUGGUCAGCUUGUCCGAGUCGCCAGAUCUUGGCAAAAGUCUGUCUGCUGGCACGAUGGUCAGAUUCGACGUAAAUACAGGAACAAUUGGUCCCGUUUGCGGCCUGUAG